UGGGGCCGUGGGGCCGUCCCUCCCGCGGCACGGGUGCGGGGGCGCUGGCGGGCCUGGCGGCUGGGUGCGCCAGCGCGGAACCGCGCCGCGGAGAUGUCCUCGACGCCCGGGCUGCCCACCCCGGGGACCUCGCUGGUCCUGCGGGUGUCGUUCGUGGACGUGCGCCCUGAGGUGAUCCCCGUGCAGCUCUGGGGGCUGGUGGGCGAGCGGCGGGAGGAGUACUUGCGCCUGAACCGGGAGAUUCAGGAAGCGGCGGCCACGCGCCUCCCGUGGGCGCCGGGCAGCGCCACGGCCUCUCCGGGCGAGCUGUGCCUGGUGCAGGUGGGGCUCGUAUGGCACCGCUGCCGCGUGGUCAGCCAGCAGGCGCAGGAGAGCCGCGUCUUCCUGCUCGACGAGGGCCGCACCGUCACGGCGGACGCGGGCUCCCUGGCGCCGGGGCGCAGCGAGUUCUUCCACCUGCCCUCCGAGGUGCUGGGCUGCGUGCUGGCCGGCCUGGUGCCGGCGGGCGGCGGCGGCGCGGGCGGGGGCGAGCCCCAGCACUGGCCGCCCGGCGCCGUGGACUUCCUCAGCAGCCUGCAGGGCGGGCAGGUGCACGGGCGCGUGCUGGACGUGCUGCUGCUCCAUCGCCUGGUCCUUCUGGAGGUGCCCGGGCUGUCGCAGCAGAUGCAGGAGCUCAGCCUGGCGCGGCAGGUGCCCGACAGCCUCUUCCGCUCGCUGCUCAAGCGCUACGUGACGGCUGCCGCUGCCGGCCUAGGCUCGGGGGCCCGGGUCCUCCCGCGAGUCCCUCCGAAGCAGGAGCACCCUGGCCUGGACUAUUUCUACCCGCAGCUGCAGCUGGGCGUGACAGAGCCGGUGGUGGUGACCCAGGUGUGCCACCCCCACCGCAUUCACUGCCAGCUCCGGAGCCUCUCGCAGGAGAUCCACCGCCUGUCCGAGAGCAUGGCCCAGAUAUACUGGGGUUCCACGGGGACGGGGGAUGAGAACUCUACCAGUGCCACCCGGGAGGAGAGGGAGGAGAGCCCAGACAAGCCUGGCUCUCCGUGUGCCUCCUGUGGGUUGGACGGACAUUGGUACAGAGCGCUCUUGCUGGAGACGUUUCGGCCCCAGUGCUGUGCCCAGGUGCUCCACGUAGACUAUGGAAGGAAGGAGUUAGUGAGCUGCAGCAGUCUCCGCUACUUGCUGCCCGAGUAUUUUCGAAUGCCCGUGGUGACCUACCCCUGUGCCUUGUAUGGGCUCUGGGACGGUGGGAGAGGCUGGUCCCGGUCACAGGUGGGUGACCUGAAGACACUGAUACUGGGCCAGGCGGUGAAUGCCAAGAUUGAAUUUUACUGUUCCUUUGAGCACGUGUAUUAUGUCACUCUGUAUGGAGAAGAUGGGACCAACCUGAACUGUGUAUUCGGGCUACAGUCCUGUUGCCUGGCCGACCAAUUCCUGCAGAGCCAGGGAAGGGAGGAGGAGGAGGAGGAAGGGGAAGAAGAGGAGGAAGAGGAGAAGGGACAAGCCACAGCUCUUCAGUCUCAGUCUCCUGCUGAAGAAGCGGAUGAAGAGAUUCCACUCCCGGCCUUAAGAUCUACCAGGUUGAAGAUAAACGCCUUCUAUGAUGCCCAGGUAGAGUUUGUUAAAAAUCCGUCCGAGUUUUGGAUUAGGUUGAGGAAGCACAACGGCACCUUCAGCAAGCUGAUGAGGAGGAUGUGCAGGUUCUAUUCCUCAGCCAGUAAGCUGGAGGGGGUGGUGUUGAAACCCAAACCCGAUGACCUUUGCUGCGUCAAAUGGAAAGAGAACGGCUAUUAUCGGGCCAUGGUCACCAGAUUAGAUGACAAGAGUGUGGCCGUAUUCCUAGUUGACCGGGGCAGUUUGGAAAAUGUGGAUUGGUACGACGUGAGGAUGCUGCUUCCUCAGUUUAGACGACUGCCAGUGUUGGCUCUGAGGUGCACGCUGGCCGAUAUUUGGCCUUUGGGGAAAAGCUGGAGCCAGGAGGCAGUUUCCUUUUUCAAAAAGACUGUGCUCCACAAAGAAUUGGUUAUCCAUGUCCUUGAUAAGCAGGAUAAGCAAUAUGUUAUUGAGAUUCUUGAUGAAUCAAGAACAGGGGAAGAGAACAUUAGUAAGGUAAUGGCUCAAGCCGGAUAUGCAAAGUAUCAGGAAUUUGAAACACAGGAGAACAUUCCCGUAAGUGCCCAUUCUCCAGGGCGUGUUUCAAACCAUUUUACUGCCAAGAAUAACAAAAUCUCUCCUGCCAAGAGGGGAGACGUAGAACAGAAGGCCCAGAGAGACAACACAACUAGCUCUGUUGCAGAAAUUUUGACUGAUCCACCAGUCGCUGCAGAUACCCCAGCUGGACUAGUGGUGCAGGAAAAAGAAAAAAGAGUAUCUGUUUAUUCUCCUCUAGUGCAGAACUUCCUGGAAAUUACGCCAGACUCUUCUUGUAAAGGAGAGGUGAGAGUCGGAAGUACAGUAGGAGUCAAAGUGUCUUCUGUUGAAAACCCUGGCUACUUCUGGUGCCAGCUGACCAGGAACAUUCAAGACUUUAAAACUUUGAUGUGUGAUAUCCAGGACUACUGCGAGAAUACAGCUGCUCCUUACCAGGGGACCACCCCCGCUUGUCUGGCAAAACGCACGGUAAAUGGAAAAUGGUCCAGAGCUGUGAUCCGCGGGGCACAAUCUUCACAGCGCGUCAGAGUAAUGUUUGUAGAUUAUGGAGACGAAGAUGUGGUAGCUGUGAAGAAUAUUUGCUCAAUUAGUGAAGAGUUUCUCAAGGUUAAGGCUCAGGCUUUUCGGUGCAGUCUUUAUAAUUUAAUUCAACCAACGGGUCAAAAUCCUUUUGCUUGGAAUGAAAAGGCAAUCCAAGCUUUUAGGGAAUUUGUAGACAACGCAUGGGAAGACAAUCUCGAGUUGAAAUGCACAGUAUUUGCUUUGGCUUCAGCACAUGACGAAGAGCCGUUUAACAUAGUGGAUUUGCUAACACCGUUUCAGAGUGCCUGCCACUUUUUGGUAGAAAAGAGACUCGCAAGGCCAGUGAAACUUCAGAAGCCCCUGGAGUCCUCCGUUCAGCUACAUUCUUACUACUAUUCGACACACGAGAUGAAAAUUGGAAGUGAAGAAUUGGUGUAUAUAACGCAUGUGGAUGACCCUUGGACAUUUUAUUGCCAACUGGGAAGAAACGCAAAUAUUUUAGAACAGUUGUCCUGUAAUAUUACACAAUUGAGUAAAGUUUUGCCAAAUUUAAAAACAUCCCCCUUGACCCCUGGAACCUUGUGCCUUGCCAGGUACACUGAUGGAAACUGGUAUAGGGGGAUGACAAUAGGAAAAGAACCAAAGAAAGUCUUUUUUGUUGAUUUUGGAAACAUACAUGUGGUAACCAGCGAUGAUCUGCUUCCGCUACCUAAGGAUGCGUAUGAUGUCUUACUUCUGCCCAUGCAAGCUGUUAAGUGUUCAUUGUCUGACAUACCCGCUCACAUACCAGACGAAAUUACAACAUGGUUCCAGGAGACUGUUUUAGAUAAGUCAUUGAAGGCUUUGGUGGUGGCAAAAGAUCCAGAUGGGAGACUGAUUAUAGAACUCUAUGACGACAGUAUCCAAAUCAACGCUAAUAUCAAUGAGAAGUUAGGGUUACUUGGCUACAAGGGUGGGACAAGAAAAAAAGAAGAAAGCAAAGAUCUCCUCACCGCGACAGAAACUCUUGAAGUAAAGAAGGAAAAUCUCAAGUUGUCACCUACAGAGUAUUCAAGUAGAUCAGUAGAGAACUCUGCAUUAUGUAGCAUGGAGAUCUUGGGAGAACCACACAAAUCUAAGACCAGCCCAGCAUGUAGGGAACCCAAGCUUUUACGAAGUUUGACCAAGACAAACUUCGUCACUCAGUAUCAGGACUCCGUGGGAAAUAAAGAUAAUCAAAUGUGUCCCUUCACAGCCGAGAAGAAAGAAGAAAGUUUUGCUGAGUCGCCUUUGAAAGCCACAAGACUAGAAGCUACCCUUUCAGAGAGAAACAUAGGAGAUUCGUGUAACAAAGAUUUGCCUCUAAAAUUUUCUGAGCUCCCUCAGAAGAUUAUAAUGCCUGGCUUUAAAACAGUGGUGUAUGUUUCCCACAUAAAUGACCUUUCAGACUUUUAUGUUCAACUAACAGAUGACGAAGCUGAAAUCACUAGUCUUUCAGAGAGAUUAAACGAUGUUAGGACCAGGCCAGAAUUUUAUUCAGGUCCACCUUUGCAGAGAGGAGAUGUAACAUGUGCCAUUUUUCCAGAAGACAGUUUGUGGUAUCGGGCUGUGGUCAGGGAACAACAACCCAAUGACCUUCUGUGUGUACAGUUUAUAGAUUAUGGCAAUGUUUCUGUGGUCCAUACUAACAAGAUAGGUAAGCUGGACCUUCUUAACGCACUGGUACCAGCCCUGUGCAUUCACUGCUCCUUGAGAGGACUUUGGGCUCCUGAGAUUUUAAACUGUAAGGCAGUGACGCGUUACUUUUCCCGAAGGACAGACGAGGUUCAAAUAAGAUGUGAAUUUGUUCAGUUCCAAGACAGAUGGGAAGUUAUUCUUGCUGAUGAACAUGGGAUCAUAGCAGAAGACAUGAUUAGCAGAUAUGCUUUCAGUGAAAAAUCUCAAGUAGGACUUUCUGACCAAAUCACUAAAGGUGCCUGUUCAAAGUCUGUCCACAAAACAGACAUUGGCACUUCACUGUUUCUUAACUGGUACAACCCAAAUAUGAAGAUGAUAAGAGCAUACGCCACGGUGAUAGAUGGACCUGAAUAUUUUUGGUGUCAGUUUGCUGAUACCGAGAAACUUCAGUUUUUAGAAGCAGAAGUACAAACCGCUGGAGAACAAGUAACGGCUUGGAGGAGUUGUGUCCCAUGCCCUCAUAUCGGAGAUCCUUGCAUAGUGAGAUAUAGAGAAGAUGGGCAUUAUUACAGGGCACUUAUCGCCAAUAUUUGCGAUGAUUAUCUGGUAUCUGUCAGGCUUGUGGACUUUGGAAACGUCGAAGACUGCGUGGACCCCAAAGCACUCUGGAAUAUCCCUUCUGAACUCUUGGUGGUUCCCAUGCAAGCCUUUCCAUGUUGCCUCUCAGGAUUUAAUAUUUCAGAAGGUGCGUGCCCUCAAGAGGGAAAUGACUAUUUUUAUGAAAUAGUAACAGAAGAUGUGUUGGAGAUAACAAUAUUAGAAAUCAAAAGGGAUGUUUGUAAUAUCCCUUUAGCAAUCGUUGACUUGAAAAGCAAAGGCGAAAGUAUUAACCAGAAGAUGAAGAAAUAUUCUAAGAUUGGCAUCAGUAACAGUGAUCUGCCCUAUGAAAAACAUGACCCGGAGAUAAAGGGAGCUCUGGGGUCCCUCAGUCCUGAGGUUGGAUUUAAGAAACCAAGUAGUAAAGCUGGACAAGAGAAAGCCCUAUAUGUCGAGUCACAGACAGAUAAGCUCUCUGAAAGAACUGAAAAAGAUUUAAACAUCACUGAAGCCAAACCAACUAAGUUCUAUGACCCUGACACUGACAACCUUUUUGAAGCUUUCGAAAACCCAUGCAAAGAUAAAAUUGGCGUCGAGGUACUGGAAGGUAAAAGAGAGUGCCGUCUGGUCGACGAAGCAAAGUUUGAUGAUAAACACCUCAUGACAGGAUUUAACACGUUACUACCACUGCAGGCUAGUGAAACAAAGGAGAUAUUAGAACUGAACUCACUUGAGGUACCACUUUCUCCUGAUGAUGAAUCAAAAGAGUUCCUGGAGCUGGAGUCCAUUGAGUUACAGCAUUCUCUAGUCGGGGAUGAAGAAAAAGAGCCAGGCCGGGUGCCUCCACUUGUGCCCCUCCCCCAAGGCUGUGACACAGAAGCCACCCUGCAUCCGUUUACAGUGCAGCUUCCCCUCAACUGUGAAUCUGAGAAACAGCCGGAACUAGAAUUACCCACAGCCCAGCUGUGUUUAGAUGACAAAAUAAACCCUUUGUCUCUACCAGUUGGUCAGAGAGCCCAAGACCCCAUGUGCGCUGAGGACACAAGGAAGUCAAGCUGUAUGGAAUGUUUUGACGACCAGCCUAGGUUACCCUUGCACCUACACGGAAGGAAUUGCGAUCCCAACAGGCAAAUUGAAAUGAACAUAUAUAAAGAAGAAUUUACAGAGUACAAAAGCAGAGAUGCCAUUUCACCACUGACUUUGUUCUCCGAAGAAGAAUCCAGAGACGGAAGGAAGCGCAAUAAUGCUUUACAAGAUCAUGUCUCAGCUCAAGCAGAGAAGACCUACACUCUGGAAGGAUUUGCUGUUGGAUCCAAGUGUGUUGUGUGGUCAAGUCUAAGAAACACAUGGUCUAAAUGUGAGAUUCUGGAAAUAGGUGAAGAAGGCACAAGGGUUCUGAACCUUUCAAAUGGUAUGGAGGAGAUAGUGAACCCUGAGAAUGUCUGGAAUGGCAUACCCAAAUUAGAUAAGAGUCCAUCUGAGAAAAGGGGUCUGGAGGUGAUAUAAAUUUAACUGUGGAUCUAUAGACGUGGCCAAUCUGUCCGAAACUGCUCUUAAACAUGUGGCAUCUUGCCCAGACCGGCAGAGUAUUUGAGCAAGUCGAGAGCAUAUGAUCACAAGAAGUUGUCAUUUUUGAAAACUCUGAUAUGCACUGAAAACAAAAUAGAUCUCAGGGCCACUACGAAAUGUAUUUACAGUGGUUUUGCCAUACAUAUGGAUCUGGGAUCUUUCUUCUCCCUUUAAAUAUGUUAUGUUUCUAAUCAGUUAGGUGGAUUUAUUUUGCUAAACAAUAUGCUAACACAUUACUCAAAUUUAAAAAAACAAAAAACAAAAAAAAACAACCCACCCCUAUUUCUGUUUCUUUUGAAUAUAGUGUUUAAAUUAAAAUAGAAAAUGCUAGGUUUAUGGCAAGUAUAUUAUAUGAUACUACUUACAGGGAUGGCUUUGUUAGCAAUAACUCCUUCAGAUUUUUGUUUUGUUUCUGAGCUUUGUCUUGUCAGUCUAGUUAACAUUUGAUUAAUAUUCUGUUUGAUUUUGGAAGUAUUCUAAUAUGACACAACAUUUGAAUAAAGUUUCUCCUUAAAGGUGUGGUAGUCUCAUUUUAUUAAAAAAGAGGGGCGCUGGGGUGGCUCAGUCAGUUAAGAUUGCGAUUCUUAGUCUUGGCUCAGGUCAUGAUCUCACAGUUCCUGAGAUCAAGCCCCACAUUGGGCUCUAUGCUGAUUGUGCAGAGUCUGCUUGGGAUUCUCUCUUUCCCUCUCUCUGUCCCUCUCCGACUUGUUCUCUUUCCCUCCCUCCCUCCAUCCCUCCCUCUCUCUCAAAAUAAAUAAAUAAAUAAAUAGACUUAAAAAAAAAUAAAAAGGAGGGGUGCCUGGGCAGCUCAGUCGGUUAAGCGUCCGACUCCAGCUCAGGUCAUAAUCUCACGGCUCAUGAGUUCAAGCCCUGCAUCAAGCUCUGUGCUGACAGAUCAGAGCCUGGAGCCUGCUCUGGAUUCUGUGACUCCCUCUCUCUCUCUGCCCCUCCCCUGCUCAUGCUCUGUCUCUCAAAAAAUAAAUAAAUGUUAAAAAAAAUUUUUUAAAGUUAAAAAGGAAAUAUGGGACACAGCAAAGGCAGUCAUAAGAGGGAAGUAUAUAGCAAUCCAGGCCUUCCUAAAGAAGGAAGAAAUGUCUCAAACAUAUAAUCUAACCUUACACCUAAAGGAGCUGGAAAAAGAACUGCAAAUAAAAUCCAAAACCAGCAGAAGAAGGAAAAUAAUAAAGAUUAGAGCAGAAAUCAAUGAUAAAAAAAAAAAAAAAAAAAAAAACCAGAACAGAUCAACGAAACUAGGGGCUGUUUCUUUGAAAGAAUUAACAAAAUUGACAAGCCCCUAGCCAGACUUAUCAAAAAGAAAAAUGAAAGGACCUAAAUACAUAAAAUCAUGAAUGAAAGAGGAGAGAUCACAACCAACACUGCAGAAAUACAAACAAUAAUAAGAGAAUAUUAUGAGCAAUUAUAUGCCAACAAAUUGGGCAAUCCGGAAGAAAUGGAUAAAUUCCUAGAAACAUGUAAACUACCAAAACUGAAACAGGAAGAAACAGAAGAUUUGAAUAGACCCACAAUCAGUAAAAAUAUGUUGAGUCCGUAAUCAAAAAUCUCCCAACAAACAAAGAGUCCAGGGCUGGAUGACUUCCCAGGGGAAUUCUACCAAACAUUUAAGGAAGAGUUAAUACCUAUUCUUUUGAAACUGUUCCAAAAAAUAGAAAUGGAAGGAAAACUUCCAAACUCAUUCUAUUAGCCCAGUAUUACCUUGAUUCCAAAACCAGACAGAGACCCCACUAAAAAAGAAUUACAGACCAGAGACCCCACUAAAAAAGAAUUAUAGACCAGAGACCCCACUAAAAAAGAAUUACAGACCAAUUUCCUUGAUGAACAUGGAUGCAAAAAUUCUCAACAAGGUACUAGGAAAAUGAAUCCCAUAAUACAUUAAAAGAAUUAUUCACCACAAUCAACUGGGAUUUAUUCCCGGGCUGCAGGGGUGGUUCAAUAUCCACAAAUCAAUCAAUGUGAUACAUCACAUUAAUAAAAGAAAAGAUAAGAACCUCUCAAUAGAUGCUGAAAAAGCAUUUAACAAAAUACAACAUCCUUUCUUUAUAAAAACCCUCAAGAAAGUAGGGAUACAAGGAACAUACCUCAACAUCAUAAAGACCAUAUACAAAAGACCCACAGCUAAUAUCUAUCAUCCUUGAUGGGGAAAAAUGAGAGCUUUCCCCCUAAGGUCAGGAAUGUCCUAACGACAGGGAUGUCCACUCUCACCACUGUUGUUCAACAUAGUAUUGGAAGUCCUAGCCUCCGCGAUCAGACAACAAAAUGAAAUAAAAGGCAUCCAAAUUGACAAGGAAAAAGUCAAGCUUUCACUCUUCACAGACAACAUGAUACUCUGUGGAAAACCUGAAAGAAUCCACCAAAAAACUGCUGGAACUGGCCCAUGAAUUCAGCAAAGUUUCAGGAUAUAAAAUCAACAUACAGAAAUGUUGCAUUUAUAUAAACCAAUAAUGAAGCAGCAGAAAGAGAAAUCAAGGAAUCUAUCCCAUUUAUGAUUACACCAAAGCCCGUAAGAUACCUAGGAAUAAACCUAACCAAAGAAGUAAAAGACCUGUGCGCUGAAACUAUAGAAUGCUUAUGGAAGAAGCUGAAGAAGACACAAAGAGAUGGAAAAACAUUCCAUACUCAUGGAUAGGAAGACCAAAUAUUGUUAAAAUAGCAAUGCUAACCAAAGCAAUCCACACAUGCAGUGCAAUCCUUAUCCAAACAAUACUACCAUUCUUCACAGAACUAGUACAAACAAUUCUAAAAUUUGUAUGGUACCAGAAAAGACCCCAAAUAGCCAAAGUCAUGUUGAAAAUGAAAACCAGAGCUGGAGGCAUCAUAGUCCCAGACUUAAAGCUGUAUUACCAAGCUAUAAUCAUCAAGACAGUAUGGUACUGGCACAAAAUCAGACAUAUAGAUCGUUGGAACAGAACACAAAACCUGGAAACAGACCCACAAAUAUAUGGCAAACUAAUCUUU